UAAGAAAAGACUUGUCAAAAAGAAGCAAGGCAGGGGUAGAUGUGAAAGAGAAGGGGACGAGAGUGUUUGGAAAUCGGAAUGGUGGCACAGCAAUGGUCGUUAAACCAGGAAAGCCAAACACGGCCCUAAGAAAAUAGUUUUCAACUAAAAUUACAGUCGGAGAUUGCAGAAUCGUGAUUUUUGAAUCCGUCGUAUCAACUAGUUCUAUUCACUGAAGCUAAUCUACUAUCUUCUCAGUAGUUAUGGACGCUCCUGCUCUACUUCAGUUGCACAAGUGGGGACCUGAUGUGCAUCUCAACGUAUCGCAAUUUCGGGAGGCUUUUAUGUCUCCCACCAGGCACCUACUGUUACUGCUUUCGUAUCAGUGCGAGGCUAUGUUGCUUCCUCUUGGGGAAGGUCUAGCUUCGAUUUCUGCAUCUUCUUCUUUGGAAGAGUCGUUUGCCCCUGAUAGGGCAGAUUCAAAGGUGAAUAUUGCAAGUACCUCUGAAUCAAUCAAGAUGGUAUCUGAUAAUAGUAUACCUUCCGACAACCAUGAUCUCAAUCCCAGUAAUCAUCAUCCUUUUAUUUCUGAUGUACACUCACUUGCAUGGGGUAUUUGUGAAGAAACCUAUGGUAGCCAAGAUACAGCUUUAGCUAGAGAUCUUCUUUUUGUUUGCGGAAAUCAUGGAGUAACUGUCCAUGUUUUUGCUCGACCCAGUAAAGACAGUGAAGUGACCAAACCAGCUAUGGAGAGUGAGCAUCGUCAAGGGGUAUGGGUGGAGUGGGGACCAUCUAUUACUCCACCAUGCAGUAAGACAGCUCAAAAAAGUUCCAGCUUGCAUGUGGAAACCUCUGGCGAGGUAGUUAAGGAAAGUAAAACUGAUGUAAUUGCCAGGGAGGAUGGGAAAUUAAAAAAUAUGUCUCAAAAGAGAUGGUUGCGUACAUUCCUAACCAAACCUGAAAUGAUAAAAUCUGAAGGUAUUAUAUAUACCAUGCUACCGGAGAUGUCAUCGCUACCUUCCACAACAAUGAUAAAUUCAUUUGGGCUUUUUGGUAGUGAUUCUAAAUCUUCACACUUUCAGACUGAUACGCAACCAAAAUCUCAUAUAGAUGGCGAAAAGAAUGAUUCAGUUUUAGAUGUUGUAAACAAUGCAUAUUCACACGGGGAUUCUAGUUCUUCCGGGAAAGUAAUUUCCCCUGAUGCUCUUUUGAAGUUUUUGACUGGUAGUAUAAGUAGUUCAUACAUAUGCUCUACAGUGUUCUCUAGCAACUCAAACCACAUGAUUGGGUUUGUUUUGAUGUUAGUUGAUCCUGUACCCGCUGACCCCAGUGAUAAACAUGAAAUAGAUGAAGAAAAAAUUGUUAUUGUCGUGGCUAAAAUGGUCAGCUCUGGAAUACAGUGGGUUUGCUUGGCAAGGCUUGCUGAGAUUGUAGACAGAGGCCCUAUAGUUGAAUGGACAGACUUCAAAUUUUCAGAUGAUUUUCUCAUUUGUCUUAAUGCAGUUGGUCUAAUAUACUUCUACUCAGCUACAACCGGUGAAUAUGUAGCACAUCUGGAUCUCUUACAAAGCAAUGGUUUUUCUCCUCAAUUUAAUUAUAAAGAUUGUGAAAAGUUUCAAAAAGGUGAUGAUGCCCCCACUAGUACUGGCAUUGAAGGUGAAAUCAAUGGUAUCCAAUCCUCUCAUGAUAUUCCUAGCAAAAGUAUAUUUAGGAGACUGCUACUUGCAUCGCACACCACACUCUUGGCCGUAACAGAUGUGCAUGGUGUAGUUCAUGUAAUAUGUGUUGAAAAUCAUUUACAAGGGAAAGAUCACAUGCUUAAGAAAUCACUUAAAAGUUUUCAGGAUUUUAAUAUGAGGACUUUGGUUGGUUGGGAGGUUGGUGGGGCUGAAAUUGGCUGUCAGAGGACGUUUUCUGAUACAUGGCCAUCCUUGCUAUCAGUUCAUAAAUAUUAUUUUACAGGUAACAUGGGCUACAAUGAAUUUCCUGGGCUUCAGGUUUUUGGGGAAAAAACAGGUGGUUGUAAGUCAGUACUUAGUGGUUUCUCGGUUGGAUCCCAAACAGUUGAAACAGAAUAUCCUUCCUCUUCAUUUCCUCGUGCUGUAAGGAAUCUUUUUCUUCCUACCCAAAGAUCUGAAGAAGGCAAUGUACUUUGUUUUUCUGCCUUUGGAAUUAUAAGACUUACUAAAAAGAAAAAUAAAGAGAGGUGUUCCCAGAUUGUUUGUUCCAGUUUGCAUGUAGGUUCAGCUACAAUGAAUGAUUUAAGCACGAAUUCGAAAGGUUUGGAUAUUUCUAUAGGCGAAGCUGUAGGUUGUACCUAUAAAGGUGGUUGUUAUUUGGUGACUGAAGAUGGUCUAUCAGUAGUUCUUCCAUCCAUGUCAGUUUCUUCUAAUUUCUUUCCUGUUGAAGCUAUUGGUCAUCGACAGAAAACUGUCAGUACUGCUGCUACUGCUUCCCAAGCUGGGAUCCUCUUUGAAACCAAAGAAAUCAAAAAGCAGUCUUUUCUUCCCUGGAAAAUAGAGCUGUUGGAUCGGCUACUCUUAUACGAGGACUCUGAAGAGGCAGAUCGCUUGUGCUUGGAAAAUGGCUGGGACUUGAAAAUAUCUCGAAUUCGCCGCUUGCAACUGGCUUUGGACUACCUGAAAUUUGACGAGAUUGAGAUUUCAUUAGAGAAGCUUGUGGAUGUCAAUUUGGCGGAAGAAGGCAUCCUGAGGCUGCUUUUUGUUGCAGCUUACUUGAUGUUUGAUAAAAUUAGUAAUGAUAAUGAGGUUUCUGCGGCAUCAAGGCUUUUGGCAUUGGCCACCUGCUUUGCGACCAAAAUGAUACGGAAGUAUGGGUUGUUGCAGCAUAGAAGUGAUAACUUCAUGACAUGGAGUGUAAACAGAAUAGAGGAUUGUCAUUUACCAUUGUUACUGGAGAAUGAUUACAAUGAGAAGGAAUACAAUAAAAUGGGAAACUCAAGUAGGCUUCAUGAGAUGGCUCACUUUCUUGAAAUCAUAAGAAAUCUACAAUCUCGACUCAAUUCUAAAAUCAAAAGACCAGCUCAAAGUUCGGUGGAUGCUCCGGAUGCAUCAAAGAUAUAUACAGAUUUAUCAAAGGAUGAAACUGAGCUUCCAACAAAUGAAUCAUCAUAUGAAAAGUUGAACCAGCAUGAACUUCCUUUUCCUGGAGCUGAUUUUGAAUCUAGAGGUGUGAAGAAACUAGCUUCAAUGUCUGCUGACCCCUUGGAGACAAGAACACAUAUGAACUCUGAUAAUACUAGUAGAUCAACUGGGUCUGAUUCUGCUAUAGUCGUGUCAGGAAGGAAAGUUUUACCCUUGGAAAAUACAAAGGAUAUGAUUGCGCGUUGGGAACUGGGUAAUUUGGACCAGCGGAAUGUUGUUCAAGAUGCUCUACUUUCUGGCCGUCUUCCUCUAGCUGUUCUCAAAUUGCAUCUUCAUCGAGCACACAAUUUGAUCGGUGACAAGGAGCCUCAUGAUACUUUUAGUGAAGUCCGUGACAUUGGAAGAGCUAUUGCUUAUGAUCUUUUUUUAAAGGGUGAAACAGGAUUAGCUGUAACAACAUUGCAAAAGCUCGGUGAGGAUAUUGAACUUUGUCUCAGACAAUUAACUUUUGGCACUGUAAGAAGACCACUUCGGCUGCAGCUAGCUGCUGAGAUGACAAAAUAUGGUUAUAUUGGACCAUAUGAGGGGGAUAUAUUGGAGAGGAUGUCACUCAUUGAGAGGGUCUACCCUUGCAGUAAUUUUUGCAGAACAUAUUGUGGCCGCAAGGAAGUCUUCUUUCCAGAUAUUAACAUCAGCUCACCUGAAGAAAUUAGCUUGCAUCUGCUGCAUCCAACAGUUGAUAACACUGUCCUUUUCUGUGGUGAGAUCGAUGGAGCUGUAUUAGGUUCCUGGAAUGAUGUGAGUGAACAUCCUAUAGUUCCUGUGCUUGAUGAUGACAGUGCUCAUUCUUGCUACUGGGCUGGAGCUGCAGUAUGGUCUGAUGCAUGGGAUCAAAGAACUGUUGAUCGGAUAGUGCUGGAUCAACCAUUUCUAAUGGGUGUUAAUGUGUCAUGGGAGUCUCAAAUUGAGUACCACAUAUGCCACAACGACUGGGUUGAAGUUUAUGAACUCCUUGACGUGAUUCCAUCAUAUUUAUUUUCCAAUGGGACUAUUCGAAUCAGUUUGGAUGGUUUACACCCAACUUCAGCUGUAGGAUAUAGUACAGAGUUCAGUAAAUACAAUAGCUACAUAAGCUCAAUUGAGGAGUUAGAUGCUGUGUGCCUGGAAAUUCCAGAUAUGAAAGUGAUCAGAUUUUCUUCAUAUAAUAUGUGCUCGACGUGGGUGAGAUUGCUUAUUAACCAGCGGCUUGCCAGAAGACUUAUUUUUCCAAAGGAAUACUGGGAAGGCACAGCAGAGAUUGUUCGUCUUCUAGCUCGGUCAGGAUACAUGACUAACACAUAUGAAACCUCAUCGUUAGAUGAUUCUGUCGAGGGUUCAUCAGAUUCAAAUAUUUUAAGUUUAAGUGGAACAGUGCAUCCUGGAGCAGCACAACUUCUGCAUAAAGUUGUUGUACAUAACUGUGCUCAGUAUAAAUUGCCGAACCUCCUCGAUCUUUACCUUGAUUACCACAAGUUGGCUCUGGAUAAUGCUUCUCUCUCGGUAUUCCAAGAUGCAGUGGGAGAUGAUCAAAGGGACAAGUGGUUGCUCUUUCUAAGAGUUGAAGGGCAUGAGUAUGAUGCGUCAUUCGCUAAUGCCCGUUUUAUUGCAUCAAAAAGUAUGGUUCCUGGUAAUAGACUCGGUGUUUGUGAGAUUGAUGACAUUCUCUGUACUGUUGAUGAUAUUGCUGAAGGAGGAGGGGAGAUUGCAGCCUUGGCAACCUUAAUGUAUGCGCCUAUGCCAUUUGAGGAUUGUUUAUGCAGUGGAAGUAUAAUUAGGCACUCUAGCUCCUCCGCACAAUGUACACUGGAAAAUCUUAGACCCGCUCUCCAGCGCUUCCCUACACUGUGGAGGAUGCUCGUGACAGCAUGCUUUGGGCAAGAUCCAACUUGCAGUUAUUUGAAUCCCACUAGAAAAGAGUUUGUCAGUUCUCAGUUAUCAGACUAUCUGAACUGGAGGGACAGCAUCUUCUUCUCAUCUAGUCAUGACACUUCACUUCUACAGAUGCUUCCUUCCUGGUUUUCUAAGUCCGUUCGCAGAUUAAUUAAACUCUAUGUUCAGGGUCCUCUAGGGUGUCGAUCAUUAUCUGGUCUUCCCAGGGGAGAAACUUUGCCAGUGAAGGAUAUUGAGUAUUUAGUUAAUGCUAAUGAGAAUGUUGAGAUAAGUGCCAUGACCUGGGAAACUGCUAUACAUAAACAUGUUGAAGAGGAGUUCUAUGCUUCAUCAACUAAGGAAAGUGGACUUGGACUUGAGCAUCACUUGCACAGAGGGCGUGCUUUGGCAGCUUUCAACCAUCUUCUUUCUAUUAGAGUUCAAAAGUUGAAGCCUGAAAAUGUUCAAAGAGUGCAAUCUGGCAGUUCCGUACAUGGGCAAACAAAUGUUCAGUCAGAUGUUCAUACUCUACUUGCACCAAUAACACAAAGCGAGGAGUCUAUUCUAGCAUCUGUCAUGCCCCUUGCAGUGAUGCAUUUUCAGGAUUCUUUAUUGGUUGCUUCAUGUGCUUUUCUUUUAGAGCUAUGUGGUUUGUCUGCCUACAUGCUCCGAAUAGACAUAGCAGCUCUGAGACGGAUAUCUUCUUUCUACAAGUCUAAUGCUCAGUCUGACUACAUACAACUGUCACCUUCAGGUUUAGCAUUUGAUCCUAUAUCACCUGAAGAUGAUAUUGCAUAUUCUCUUGGUCGAGUAUUAGCAGAUGAUUAUGUGGACCGUGAUAGUGCUGGAAUCAAGAAAAAACCUGAAGUCAUAGGUAGCAUUACCACCAAAAGACCUUCCAGAGCUCUCAUGCUUGUCCAACAGCAUUUGGAGAAGGCCAGCUUGCCACUGUUGACUGAUGGAAUGACAUGUGGUUCCUGGCUAUCUAGCGGUAAUGGUGAUGGAACUGAGCUACGGUCCCAGCAGAAAGAUGCUAGCCUGUACUGGAGUUUAGUAACAACUUUUUGUAGAGUGCAUCAGAUUCCCUUGAGCACUAACUACCUUGCUCUGUUAGCAAGAGACAACGAUUGGGUUGGAUUUUUGUCAGAAGCUCAGGUUGGAGGAUAUCCUUUUGAUACAGUGAUUGAAGUAGCAUUAAAGGAAUUCAAUGACAAUCGCCUCAAACUUCACAUACUUACAGUUUUGAAGGGGAUGCAAUCAAGAAAGAAAGUUAGCACUUUGUCAAAUUCUGAUAUUACAGAAGAAAGGAGUACUUCUGUAGGAGAUUUUUGUAUGCCUGCUGAAGUCUUUGGAAUCAUUGCAGAGUGUGAGAAGAGAGAAAAUCCAGGAGAGGCUCUGCUGUUAAAAGCGAAGGAUCUGUGCUGGUCGAUUUUGGCAAUGAUUGCAUCAUGUUUUCCUGACGUGUCUCCGUUGUCCUGCCUAACAGUUUGGCUGGAAAUUACUGCCGCCAGGGAAACUUCAUCUAUCAAGGUGAAUGAUGUAGCAUCCCAGAUUGCGAGUAAUGUUGGAGCAGCUGUGGAGGCUACUAAUGCUACGCUUGUAGCAAGUGGAGAAGUUGCAUGUCACUAUAAUCGUAGAAAUGCAAAACGUAGACGUAUAAUGGAGGCAGUGGAACCCUUAAUGUCGAAAGUAUCUGAUGUGUCUAUUAGUAGGAGCGAGGGAAUAAUUGCUGCCCAAGGUAGUGUUUUUGAAGAUGAUAAAAACCAAACUGGCGACGUUUUUUCCGUGUCUAAUAAUACAGCUGAACCAUCUGUCUCUUUAUCGAAAAUGGUUGCAUUGCUUUGCGAACAACAUCUAUUUCUUCCUCUAUUAAGAGCUUUUGAGAUGUUCCUUCCUUCGUGCUCUCUCUUGCCAUUUAUCCGUGCUCUACAGGCAUUCUCCCAGAUGCGCUUGUCAGACGCUUCAGCACAUAUAGGUUCAUUCUCUGCUAGAAUCAAGGAAGAACAGAUCCAUGUUCAAAUGAACAAUGGAACAGAUGGUAUUGGAAGUGCGUGGAUAAGUUCAAUUGCUGUGAAAGCUGCUGACGCUAUGCUUUCAAAAUGCCCAUCACCUUAUGAAACGAGGUGUCUAUUACAGCUUCUUUCUUCUGCUGACUUUGGUGAUGGAGGAUUCGCUUCAGCAAACUAUAAGAGGCAGCACUGGAAAAUUAAUUUAGCAGAACCUUCACUGAGGGAAGAUGAUGGUUUACACCUUGGGGAUGAUAUUCUAGAUGAUGUUUCACUUCUAAGAGCUUUAGAAGAGAAUGGACACUGGGAGGAAGCACGCAACUGGGCUAUGCAGUUGGAGGCCACUGGUGGAAAAUGGAAAUGUAUUGGACACCAUGUGACUGAAACCCAGGCCGAGUCCAUGGUGGCAGAGUGGAAGGAGUUUUUGUGGGAUGUCCCAGAAGAGAGGGUUGCUCUUUGGGCCCACUGCCAAACACUUUUCAUCAGAUAUGCUUUUCCACCGUUACAGGCUGGUUGUUUUUUUCUCAAACAUGCAGAAGCUGUGGAGAAAGAUCUACCUGCAAGAGAGCUUCAUGAACUUUUGCUUCUUUCUUUGCAAUGGUUGAGUGGGAUGAUUACACAUUCUGAUCCAGCUUAUCCGUUGCACCUUUUGCGAGAAAUUGAGACCAGAGUUUGGCUCCUGGCAGUAGAGUCAGAAGCUCAUAUAAAGAGUGAUGGCGAUUUCUCUCUAACCAGUUGUAUUAGUGAACCUGGUACCGGAAAAAGUUCCAACAUUAUUGAAUGCACUGCAUGUCUAAUAGCAAAAAUGGAUAAUCAUAUAAGUGCGAUGAGAAUUAAAUCAACAGACAGUAUUGACACAAGGGAGAUUAGCCAUACACAUCAAAAAAUACCACAACUUACUAAUGACAACAAUUUACAUGGUUCUAAUGGUGGUAUGAAGAUAAAAAAGAAAGCCAAAGCAUUCUUGUCAUCAAAACGGCAGAUAGUUGACGUGGUGGAGAAAAAUAUUAAUUCUGAAGAAAGUUCAACAUCUCUUGAUUCUCAAAAGGACCUGCAUCUGCCAGAUGAAAACCUUAGAAUGGAUGUAUCUUCUUCAAGAUGGGAGGAGAGGGUUGGACCUGCGGAGUUGGAAAGGGCUGUUCUUUCUUUAUUGGAGUUUGGACAAAUUACAGCUGCGAAACAACUACAGCAGAAACUCUCCCCAGGAAAAAUACCGUCUGAAUUUGUUUUAGUUGAUACUGCUUUAAAGCUUGCGGUCCUCUCAACACCCAAUAGUGAAGUGUCCAUGUCAAUGUUGGAUGAUGAACUAAGUUCGGUUAUACAGUCAUACAAUCUUGUGAAUGAUCGUUAUAUGGUUUAUCCGCUUCAGGUAUUGGAGAAUUUAGCAAUCAGUUUCACUGAGGGUAGAGGAUGUGGUCUAUGCAAAAGAAUUAUUUCUAUUGUGAGGGCUGCCAAUGUCUUGGGUGUUCCAUUUUCAGAGGCUUAUGAUAAGCAACCAGUUGAAUUGCUGCAGCUUUUGUCCCUUAAAGCACAAGAUUCUUUUGAUGAAGCGAAUUUACUUGUGCAGACUCACACUAUGCCAGCUGCUAGUGUUGCACAUAUUCUUGCAGAAUCUUUCCUAAAGGGCUUAUUGGCUGCACACCGUGGGGGAUAUAUGGAUUCUCAAAAGGAGGAAGGACCUGCUCCUCUACUUUGGAGAUUUUCAGACUUCCUUAAGUGGGCAAAUCUCUGUCCAUCAGAACCUGAAAUUGGCCACGCUCUGAUGCGAUUAGUGAUUACUGGGCAGGAAAUACCGCAUGCCUGUGAGGUCGAACUUCUUAUUCUCUCCCACCACUUUUACAAGUCAUCAGCCUGUCUUGAUGGAGUUGAUGUUCUAGUAGCCCUUGCAGCCACCAGGGUUGAAGCUUAUGUUUUGGAAGGUGACUUUUCAUGUUUGGCUCGCCUUAUAACUGGUGUUGGGAACUUUCAUGCCCUCAACUUCAUACUGGGAAUUCUUAUUGAGAAUGGGCAGCUGGAUCUUCUUCUUCAGAAGUAUUCUGCUGCUGCAGACUCGAACUCCAGCACUGCUGAGGCCGUUAGAGGGUUUCGAAUGGCUGUUCUGACAUCACUGAAGCAGUUUAAUCCAAAUGACCUUGAUGCGUUUGCUAUGGUUUAUAAUCAUUUUGACAUGAAACACGAGACUGCUUCUCUUCUAGAGUCACGAGCUCAGCAAUCAUCUCAACAGUGGUUCUAUCGGUACGACAAGGAUCAGAAUGAAGACCUCCUGGAAUCCAUGCGCUAUUACAUUGAAGCGGCUGAAGUUCACUCCUCCAUUGACGCUGGCAACAAAACACAUGCUUCCUGUGCUCAGGCUUCCCUUGUGUCCCUCCAGAUUCGAAUGCCAGAUUUCAAGUGGCUAAAACUAUCAGAAACUAAUGCCAGACGUGCUCUAGUUGAGCAAUCCCGUUUUCAGGAGGCACUUAUUGUUGCUGAGGCUUAUGGUCUCAACCAACCUAGUGAAUGGGCCUUGGUACUUUGGAAUCAAAUGCUCAAACCUGAACUAACAGAACAGUUUGUUGCUGAAUUUGUUGCUGUGCUCCCUCUCCACCCAAUGAUGCUUGCAGAACUUGCACGAUUUUAUAGGGCUGAGGUUGCGGCGAGAGGGGACCAAUCACAAUUUUCAGUUUGGCUAACAGGCGGAGGCCUGCCAGCAGAGUGGGCUAAAUAUCUUGAAAGAUCAUUCAGAUGUCUUCUGAAGAGGACUAGGGAUUUGAAGCUCCGUUUGCAACUUGCUACAAUUGCAACUGGUUUUAUCGACAUAAUUGACGUUCUGACAAAGGCAUUAGAUAGGGUCCCUGAGAACGCCGGGCCACUAGUGCUGAGGAAGGGGCACGGUGGAGCUUACUUGCCACUAAUGUAAAUAUGUUAAGAUCGGUGGCAGAAAUAUUUACAGAGUAAAAGAUACUUUUUCCUUCACGGGAUAAUACAAUUAUGUUCUGACAAAGAUAAUCAAUGCUUCCAAUCUGUUGGCAAAGUUGCAGGGUGUUGUACGCGAGAUGAAUGGAAUGUAGUUCCUUCUUGACUUUGUUUAGAGAUAUUGGUAGCUGGGUUUCCUAUAUUACGUGUAGCCUGUAGGCGAGGCCAAUUACAGAAGUCUUGGAUGUCGUCAUCUGCCUUUCCUUUACCACCAAUUUUUACAUGUGGUCAAUGCAUAUAAAUUUUGCUAUCUUGAUAUGUUCGUAUGCAAGAUGUGUAUAUCAUUCCUAUAGGAGAAGUGUGAAGACAAUUUAUAUAGAAUUCAUUGUUGUAACAAAUAUCAAAAUACCAUGAAUGGAGGAUCUUUCCAACUUGAUGCAA